AUGGAAACUUACAGAGCUCAUUGCUUGAUUUUGCCAUUUCCCAUCCAGGGUCACAUAAACCCACUGCUCCAAUUUGCUACGCGUUUGCAACAUCAAGGCACGAAAAUUACACUUGUUACAACCAAAUUCUUGUUUAAAACCUUGCAAGAAGCUUCAGGUUCUAUCUCUGUGGAGGCCAUCUCUGAUGGAUACGACGAAGGAGCAAAUGGAGUUGCAGCAGGAAUAUACUUGGCUAUGUUUAGAAAAUGUGGCUCAGAAACUCUUACUGAGCUAAUCUUGAAGCUUCAUGAUUUAGGCUGUCCUGUUGAUUGUAUUGUUUAUGAUGCAUUCUUGCCUUGGUGUCUGGAUGUGGCAAAGAGUCUUGGCUUACGUGGGGCUGUUUUCUUCACUCAAUCUUGUGCUGUCAAUAACAUCUAUUACCAUGCUCACAAAGGGUGCUUGAAACUUCCUCUAGAGGAGACAGAAGUGGACAUUCCUGGCUUGCCACCACUAUUAGCUUCAGAUCUGCCUUCUUUUAUUUCUGAUUAUGCUUCAUAUCCAGCAAUUUAUCAGCUGGUUGUACAUGACCAAAUGGAAAACAUCGAAGAAGCUGACUGGAUUUUCUUCAACACAUUUUACAAGUUGGAGGAAGAGGUGAAUGAUUGGAUGGCAAAAAUCCUACCAGUUAAGACAAUUGGACCAGCUAUCCCAUCCAUGUACCUAGAGAAGAGCCUUGAAGAUGACAAGCACUAUGGUCUCAAUCUUUUUAAGUCAAUGACUAAAGCUUGCAUGUCAUGGCUGAAUGAAAGGUCGGUCAGUUCAGUUGUUUAUGUAGCAUUUGGAAGUUUGGCAGAACUUAAUGCUGAGCAGAUGGAAGAAUUAGCAUGGGGUUUGAGAAAGAGCAAUUACUAUUUCCUAUGGGUAGUUAGAGAAUCAGAAUCAAACAAGCUACCAAAAGAUUUUCUCGAAGAAUCAUCUGAUAAAGGAUUAAUAAUCUCAUGGUGUCCUCAGCUGGAAGUUUUAGCGCACGAAUCUAUGGGGUGUUUUAUUACUCAUUGUGGAUGGAAUUCAACACUGGAGGCUUUAAGUUUGGGUGUCCCUAUCAUAGCAAUGCCACAAUGGACAGAUCAAAGCACAAACGCCAAGUUUGUAAUGGACAUCUGGAAAACGGGAAUCAAAGCUCUUCCAGAUGAAAAUGGAAUUGUUAGAAGAAAUGUGAUUAGUCAAUGCAUAAGCCUAGUAAUGGACAAGAAGAAAGGACAAGAGAUUAGUCAAAAUGCAAAAAAGUGGAAGGAUUUAGCAAGGCAGGCUUUUGAUGAGGGGGGAAGUUCAGAUGCAAACAUUAAAGACUUUGUAUCCAAACUGGUUUGA